UUCAUUUUGAUUCAAUCGGCUUCACAAGUUGCUGCUGAAAGAUAACUGUCAUCUUCAAAACAUGCUUACCUGUACCUGGCUUUGGAUUAUGUCAACUUGGCAAUCUUUUGUCUCGAAGUUCUUAAGACAGUCAAAGUUGGACUUGGAUUCAAUUGUUUCUCCCGAAUGGUAAUAUUUGAGGAUUGAAUGAGAAACUGGUGAAAAACUAAAGCAAGGAUGGCAACGGACCCAGGAUUAGCUGCGACAGUGAAAGUCACAGUUAUCGACACACUGAACACAUCAGUUCUUCAUUUUGAGAACGACUCACUGUAUCAUGAACAUCACGGCCCGCCUUACUGGACGCUACCCGUCAAGAUCAUCUAUUCCUGCACGAUGUUAAUUUUCAUGCUUUUGGCGUUUAUCGGAAACCUAAUGGUACUGACCGUCAUCACGCGGCACAAGAUGAUGCGAACCCGUACGAACCUGUUCAUCGCGAACUUAGCAAUGACGGAUUUUCUCGUCUCGAUUUUAAACAUGCCUUUCUCAAUUGGAACUGUGCUGUACGGCGAUUGGCCAUUCGGGGAGGUCAUGUGCCAAAUCAAUGGAUUCUUUAUGCCACUCCUGUUCAUCUGUUCGCAGCACACGUUGAUGUACAUGGCGCUGCAUAAAUUCUUCACGAUAAAAUACCCAUUUAAACGGAUCGUGACCGUACGCAGGGCCGUAGGAAUGAUGAGCGCGGCAUGGAUUAUUUCCGGUGUUCUAAGUGUGCUGGCCUUAACCGGCUUGAAUCAUAUCUUAUAUAAACCAUUCACAACGCAGUGCGGUCCGGAGUAUCCCCAAGACAAAAAAGGUUACAUUCAUGUGAUCAUCAUGACUAUUUUAACCUAUGUCAUCCCAGUUUUUGUCAUGGCAUUCUCCUUUAUUCAAAUGUUCAUUGAGAUUCGAGCGUUUUCGCACCGAUUGGAGAAACACACUAAUCAAGACAAACAGACAAUUAUUGAUCAACAAAAACGGGCAAUUGUAACAAUGUUUAUUGUGAUGGUGAUGUUCCUGCUCUGUUGGACUCCGUACACCGUUUACGCCAUUGCGUCAUCGAUCAUCAGGGACAAGGAGACAAUUCCGCAUAUCGUCAAUGCUAUUGUGUACCUGUGUGGUUACAUGAACAGUUCCCUCAACCCCAUCAUCUAUGGAUUCCGGAACCGGUCAUUCCGGAAUGGUUACAAAGAGUUCUUCUGUCAGCGGGACUCUGGUGUUAUGAGUGAAGGAGAUCUUCAAGUCAGCGGAGCGCACAGUACCCUGCAGCGAAUGACCAGCACAUUGUCCAGCCACAGCCCCACCAGUAGGCAACAGUCGAUGAAGCAAAACGUAAACCAAGCGAAGAAAUUAACGGCCUCAUAUCGCAGCGAGCGACAGUCCUUAGUGUCACAGAAGCGACCGAGUUUCAAGGAUUCCGCAAAAAAGGUUUCACUUUCUAGUGGCAUGAUUACGUACAUGAAAAACGGCAAGAUAAUAAAAGUUGAGUAUCCGAAGGAGAAGCCACCUUUGAAAAGACAGCAAGGGUUUGAUCAUACAUGUAGUUCAAAUGGACAUAUGAAAGAUGGUACAGUAUCUGAUGAUAAUAUGAACUCUGAUGCAAAGAAUGGCAUUGUGCGUAAGGAAACGCAUGAUCAAAGUAAUUCUGGCUUGCAGUCACAGGGCGACUCAGAAAAAAGUCCUACCGGUGCAAAACAGUCAGGCCCUGGUGUUGAAAUGAUGAGUCAGAGUAGUAAUUUGAGUCUGUAUGACAAUGUGAAUGAUUUAGAGGGCGAUUUUAAAACAGCUGAGUCCGAUUUGGAGGACGAGGUGUUUUUGCCGACGAUAUCUUGGAUUUCUACUGAGAGCCGCCCAAGUUAUUUGACCUUGCACCCAAGGUCGAAUUCUGGUCACGAGAACUUUGGUAUUUCUCCCAACUCUCCGGGGAGCCCUAGAGACAUUUCUCCUGGUGCUCUUGGGUCUUGUGGAGGAGACCGCAAUUGUCUGGUCUCUUCACCGACUCGACUUCUUCCCGUAGCGGAAGACACUGAGGAUGUCAGCGACAGUGCGAACUGUAAGACAAUGACGGUUAUCAACCAGCCGCAAACUUCACAUCAUAAACUGCCAGGUCUCGAUCAGAAACCACAAUAUUUUAAUAAGUGUGAUAAAAAACCUUCCAAUUUGGAACUAGACGGUCUGAAAAACCAGCCGUUAGAUAUGGGUGGUGUAACAGCUCCACUCUUGAGCAAAAACAAUCAUACUGAAGUUGUACCACCGCAUAAUACUGAACGGCGGCUCUCAAAUCGUGAUAUGCGGGCAGACUUUUGGAACACAGAAAUAACCAACAUCCAGCAGUAUUAUAGUCCAGCAACGAGCAAGAAAAUAGUUUGCCGUAUGCCCUCGAUGGAUUCGCUUUCUCCGAUGAUAAAGCAAAGGAAUCGACGAAGUGCUGGGCCAACUAAGAGUGAUACGAGUCUGAGUAAAGGUCGUCUGUACGAUAUAUUUGUUUCGGAUAAUAAAGCUUAGUAACAGACAUUGGUUGUGUUGGGAUUUUUUUGCCCAACCAUUUUAUCCUUUGUUGAACACUGAUUAUACUGUAACAGGUGUCUGUUUUGUCAGUCUUGUUUGAAGGUCCAUGCUGUUUGUUGAAAAACUUUUCAGUCCUUCCAUAAAUUUACUGUGAUUGUCAACGACCACAUUCUGUCAAAAAGAAUGUGGUUUAUAUACUACAAUUAUAUGCUGCUUGAAGUACUUCCUGCUGGCUUGAGAAAGGUCACAUUUUUUAUCUGUUAGGAUCAGGAUGUCAAUCAAUUUUUAUAAAAUGUAUAAUGGGAUACUGCCAAACAAAUUUUAAAAUUUAACACUUUAGGUUUUUACGGUUGAAAUGACCUAAUUUAAUCGCAUUGAACUAUGAAUCCUUUUAACAAUGGCACUUAUUUGGUAUAUUUAAGAUGAUGACCUUUUUUAGCUCACCUCUUAGCAGAGGUGAGCUUAUCCCAUACCGUGGCGUCCGUCGUCCGUCGUCGUCGUCGUCGUCGUCGUCGUCGUCGUCGUCGUCGUCGUCGUCGUCGUCGUCGUCGUCGUCCGUCGUCCGUUAGCAGGGCACGUUUCGUAACUGUUAGAGCUAUUGAGUUGAAACUUGGGACACAUGUACCCUUA